UGCAGGGAUGCUUCAUUUGGUGUGUGCACAUAUAACCUGACAUUAUUAGACUGCUUGAAGGGCAUCGACAAGGCAGUCACGCAUGGAUUCCUCGACUUUGAGAACUUUGAUGUGGAGGAGUACGAGCAUUAUGAGAGAGUAGAGAAUGGUGAUUUCAAUUGGAUUGUUCCAAACAAGUUCCUAGCUUUCAGUGGGCCUCACCCAAAGAGCAAAAUAGAAAAUGGUUAUCCAUACCACGCACCAGAGGCAUACUUCCCUUACUUCCGUAAGCACAACAUUACAUCAAUAGUCCGACUGAACAAAAAGAUCUACGAUGCCCGGCGGUUCACCGAUGCUGGUUUUGAUCAUUACGAUCUCUUCUUUAUCGACGGUAGCACACCCAGUGAUUCAAUCCUUCAGAAGUUCCUUACAAUAUCUGAGAGUGCGGAAGGGUCCCUUGCUGUACAUUGCAAAGCUGGUCUUGGCAGGACAGGUACAUUGAUAGGAUGUUACAUCAUGAAGCAUUUCAGGUUCACUGCUGCUGAAGCCAUCGCUUGGAUGAGGAUAUGUCGGCCUGGCUCAGUCAUUGGGCCUCAACAACACUACAUGGAAGAGAAACAAGCAAAAAUGUGGGUUCAAGGAGACAUCUUUAGGAAGAAAGCUAGGGAAGGGCAGAUUGCAAAUAAGAACAGCGUUUCCAGGAUACUCAGUGCAGUAGACGAUAUAUCAAUAAAUGAUGAUAGAGGAAUAUCAUAUGGGCCCAGUGAGCAAUACAAGCUGCGGUCCUCGUUGAGUAGCUCGCAAGCCAUGACCCAGGGUGACAAGCUUCGGCAGCUAAAGGUCUCAAGGAAAGCAAGGUCCGCCACCACAGGAAGUCUCAAGUUGGAUGAAGGCAAAAUCCAUACAAGAUCAACAUCCUCACAGCCACUAAGUCCUCAGUUUCUGCGAACAUUUUUGAGGAGCAAAGCAAGUAGUAAAAAAAUAUCAUCAGCCACCCCGUCAUCAACAUCCCCUGUCAAAUCUUCCAAAGUUGUCUCUCCUACGCACACCUCCAGUACAAGACGGACAACCAGGCACUCUGUGGCCACCAACUCGGGCCUCAAAAGCUCUUCGAGGAUAAACAAAGAGUAUAGCACAGGACACAACGCAGGAGACUACACCACUAGCACCACCUCCUCUUCACUGAAAUAUACCCGCUCUACACCAGUGAUUCAACAGCUUUACUCCAGUACAUCAUCAACAGAUAAGGUAUAUUCAGUGAAGUAUCCUCGUCGUACAAGCCCACGUAUUCAUUCUACUAAAUCUGCAGCUCUUCGGUAGAGGACCCCCUCACUCGCUCAUCUCUUUCUCUGUCAUCAUCCAUCCGCCAUCUUUGUCUCUGUGGCCUUUCUUCAAGACUCUUACGAAGAACGACUGAAAAGGAAAAAAAAAGUUUCUUCAUUCUCAGGAAUUUUGAUGAAAAAAAAACCUUUACAAGAAAUAGACACUAUCUUGGAACAUUUUUAUGUAAUUUUAAAUUGUGUAUUUCCUAGGAUAAAUUGUAUUCUAUGCCCCAAGUGCCUUGUGAAUUUUCUCUUUGGAGAUACCAUUGACAGAUAGUAAGACUGUUUUUAUUA